AUGUCAUCCACCAACGGCGAAGCUCCUCUCCCUCCUGCGGACGGCGGUCCAGCUCCUCGUGGGGAGUCCCCCGCUGGCUCGCCGCGACGCCAGUCGACCUCGCUGCAAGCCGCAGCUACGUUGAAUGCUAGCCUUCAAAACGAACCCUCUCGACGCUCCUCCAGCGGUUCCGUAUCUCGAAGUCGACAGUCACCCAACGCCGGCCGAAGACUGUCUACGGUUCUCAUGAACCUGCAGCUUAACGAUCCUUCUCUUCCCGGCCCGGGUGAGAUGGUCGCAGAUAACCAACACGGGCAGACUGGCGCCACAACCGCCAGUCCGCAGCCCAUGACAACCUCGCCCAUGAUGGUUCCUGGUGGUGACCCCCAUCACAAUCGGGCGCCCAGUCUGGGAGAGCUCCACCAGGAGCUUGAAGCCGAGCAGGAAGCUCAAGUCAACCGCCUCCUCCAGAUGAUCCGCCAGCAGCAGUUGCAGCUCCAGCAACUCCAAGCUGGCCAGGGACAGAACUCUUCCGCAGUCGAGGACUCGGCGAUUGCUUCUGAGAGAUCCAACCACGGAACCCCCAUUUCGCAGCCGCCAUCGGGCUUCGCUCCGCUGCCCUCCUCGGGCUCCUUCUCGCGAUCCCCGGUUGUGCCCCAUCCCCGAAGCUCCUUUGACAUGGCAAGAGCAGAUAUCCAACGCCGCUCUCGAACCCCGAGUCGCGGCGCUUCUCCGAGAUUGCGCUCAACAUCUAUAAGCGGCGACAGCGGCGAACAGUACACCCUCGGCGGUCGCGAUGAAAGCGCCUUUUACCAGGCCGAGACCCAGAUGCUGGUCCGAGAGAAUCAGAUGCUCCGUCACCGCAUAAGAGAUUUGGAGAAACAAUUGACGGAUCUGCUGCCUGCGACCAGUUCCCAAGGCAACCCCAGCGAGCCCGCCCACCCAUCACACCUCAGAGCUGCCGCUGUCGGUGAGGAUGUUGCGACGCCCUCGACCAGCGACGUGGCCAAGGAGGCGUGA